CGGGGAGGACUAUGGCCAGCAGGGGGCGCUCCGGUCUGCGGUACGCGGCAGAGGCGGGCGCUUCGGAACCCUGAGCUGCGUCCUCCCCUCGCUGCCGCUGCUGCACUUUGUUCCAGGAGCAGCAGCAGCAGCAGCAAGCCAGACCCGGGGUGGGGGAGCAGCGUUCAGCAGCAGAGCCGCGUAACCUGCGCGCCUCCUCCCCUGAGGCUGGUUCUCUAUGCGCCGGAGCGAGCCCGCCUGGCGGGGGGGCACUCCUUGGCCACCUCGCGCCUAGGGCUGGGGGGGCUUUCCCUGCCGCCCUCCCCUCCAGCUCGCCCCCGGUGCAAGGGGAGCCUGGUGGCCGCACGUCAGCUGCUGCCUGCGAGGAAGGAAAACAACCCCCUCCAAAGUAUCCCGGGCUUUCCUUGUUCGUCUCUUGUCCCAUAUUGACCAGAUCUGAUCCUGCUUUAGCUGGAGAUCUGCUAAGAUCACAACCCACGGUUGCAUUGCUGCAGAAAACUUCAUUCCACUGUCCUCCCACAACAAAUAAACCAGUUUGGGACACGUUGGCUAUUCUCCCUGCAAACCUCAUGAAGUUGAACUUUCCCACCCAGCUGGUAUAACACAAGAGUUUGCGGCUGGUGAGGUGCAGAGGAGGUGUAUACUGGAUGCAAGCUAAUGACUUUGCAGGGCGUAUCAGGGCUCAAACAGAUGAUGAUGAUGUGUCUGUAGUAUCCUGGGACCAACACAGCUACAACAGUAUGGCAACCACACAAGUUGAUGAGAUUGUUCCCCUGAGUGAGUGAAGACCAGAAUGAAUGGACAUAUUUCAAAUACCCCUCCUAGUGUAUAUGGAAGUUACUCUUCUCAAAUAAAUGGAUAUGGUUCGCCAACGUUUGCUCAGGCGGAGAGGGAACAAAGUUCGAAAGCAAGUGCAAAGGCUAUUUAUGGAACAGAUGGACUUUACUUCUUCAGAUCUUCGUCCAAACAAAAAAAAAAAGAGCAAAGAAAGAGUUAUGCACGGGACAGUGCCAGCAGCAUAUCCGAAACGUCACAGUAUCAUGUGGAGCACUUGACCACUUUUGUUUUGGACCGGAAAGAGGCUAUGAUAACAGUGGAUGAUGGAAUAAGAAAGCUGAAAUUGCUGGAUGCCAAGGGCAAAGUGUGGACCCAAGAUAUGAUUCUUCAAGUGGAUGAUAAAGCUGUCAGUCUGGUGGACUUAGAAUCAAAGAAUGAACUGGAGAAUUUUCCUUUGAGCACAAUUCAACAUUGCCAAGCUGUGAUGAACACGUGCAAUUAUGAUUCUAUUCUUGCACUAGUUUGCAAAGAACCAGCUCAAAACAAGCCAGAUCUUCAUCUUUUCCAAUGCGAUGAGGUUAAGGCUAGCUUUAUUCAUGAAGAUAUUGAAAGUGCAAUCAGCGACAGCAAAGGGGGGAAACAAAAGAAGAGGCUUGACACGCUCAGGAUGAUUUCCAAAGCUGACAGCUCUAUUCCUCCACCUCCAAAAGCGCCCGCUCCUGUUCCCCCAGGUACUGUCACACAGGUGGAUGUCAGAAGUCGAGUGGCAGCCUGGUCUGCUUGGGCAGCUGAACAAGGAGACUUUGAAAAACCCAGACAGUUCCAUGAGCAUGAAGAAACAGCUGAGAUGAUGGCAGCCAGGAUUGACAGAGAUGUUCAAAUUCUGAACCAUAUUUUGGAUGACAUUGAAUAUUUUGUUACCAAACUUCAAAAAGCUGCUGAAGCAUUUGCUGAACUUUCAAAGAGAAAGAAAACCAAGAAGAAUAAAAAGAAAGGACCUGGAGAGGGGGUUCUCACUCUUCGUGCAAAGCCACCACCUCCAGAUGAAUUUGUUGACUGUUUUCAAAAAUUCAAGCAUGGCUUUAACCUUCUGGCUAAAUUAAAAUCCCACAUCCAGAACCCUAGUGCACCCGAAUUGGUUCAUUUUCUGUUUACACCAUUAAAUAUGGUGGUGCAGGCAACUGGAGGUCCAGAGCUUGCUGGUACGGUACUCAGCCCUCUCCUAACAAAGGAUACCAUAGAUUUCUUGCGUUACACUAUCAGUAGUGAGGAAGGACAACUAUGGAUGUCAUUGGGUGACACAUGGACCAAAGCCAGAGUGGACUGGCCCAAAGAUCAGUUUAUUCCACCCUAUAUUCCACGCUUCAGAAAUGGUUGGGAGCCUCCUUUGCUGAGUUUCAUGGGAGCUCCAAAUGAGCAAGAACUAAAUCAGUUGGCUGAGUCUGUGGCAAAUGUUGCAGAGCACCAACGGAAACAGGAAAUGAAAAGAAUGUCAGCUGAGCACCCCAGUGUCCCAGACUAUCCUCCAUCUGAUGGAAAUUAUGAAGCACACAGUAAGGCACAGCCCAAGAGAUAUGCCAAAUCCAAGUAUGACUUUGUGGCAAGAAACCACAGUGAACUUUCUGUCCUGAAGGAUGAUAUUUUAGAGAUCCUCGAUGACAGAAAACAAUGGUGGAAAGUUCAAAAUAAAAGUGGCCUUGCAGGGUUUGUGCCAAAUAACAUCUUGGAUCCACUGCGACCUCAGGAACCUGGUUUAGGACAUUCUGAACCUGCAUACAGUCACACCAUACAGAAACAAAGGAUGGAUUAUGUUCUGAAACAACCCGAUCCCAGUCCUGCUGCUCCAUCACCACCUCCGACACCAGCUCCAGUUCCUGUCCCUCUCCCUCCUAUUGCACCAGCGCCUAUUCCAGUUCCUGUGCCAAAAGCACCAGGAACUGUUAGCCGCCAAAGCAGCACCUCUAGUGAGAGUGGUGGUACCAUUAUGCGUGACAGCCAGAGACACAAACAACUUCCAGUGGAUCGUAGGAAAUCUCAGAUGGAAGAGGUACAGGAUGAGCUUAUUCACAGGCUUACCAUUGGCCGGAGUGCUGCCCAGAAAAAGUUCCAUGUGCCACGACCAAACAUACCGAUAGUUAAUAUCACUUAUGAUUCCUCUGCUGAGGAUGUGAAAAUGUGGUUGGAGUCAAAAGGAUUCAGCCCAGUGACUGUCAAUAGCCUUGGAGUGCUGACAGGCGCUCAGCUUUUCUCUCUCAAUAAGGAUGAAUUAAAGACUGUUUGUCCUGAAGGGUCUAGAGUCUACAGCCAAAUUACAGUACAGAAAGCUGCAUUAGAGGCUAACAAUGGUAGCUCAGAACUACAGGAAAUCAUGAGAAGACGACAAGAAAAAAUUAGUGCAGCUGCCUCAGAUUCAGGAGUGGAAUCUUUUGAUGAGGGAAGUAGUCACUGAAUGUCGUUUCCUUUUAAUCCCAUUGUCCUUGGCAUUAUUCCAUCAAGCUUUGUUUUAGGAAGCAAUGAAGGGGAAUGUCUGAUUUAUUAUUAUUUUGUAGACAUAACUUGUUGCCAUAAAGAAACCAUGCAACUGGACUUGACAGAAGCACUCGAGAAAACCCUUACACCCAAACAUGAGUUUUAGCCUUGUGGAAUUAACCAUUUCAUGCUCUUUGUGGAUAAUCAGAAACACGUUGCUGCUUUUGAUUUAUUCCAGUGAAGCUGAGCCAGCAGUAAGACAUACUUGGCCUUCAGUAAUAUGAGAGUUUAAAUUCCCUCUGUCGCUGUAGUCUGUGAUUCACUCCUUUUGUCUCAGUCUCAUGCUCUGAACAGCAGGAUGUUCAGAUUUAUUUAAAAGUUCUUGAUGCCAGCAAUCAAAGAUGAAAUGUUUAGAAUGCAAACAGCAGUUCAAGCCAUCGGAACAUAGGCUGAAUUUUUCUUGUACCUUGUGCAAGGCGUUUUAUUACUAAUGAAGCUGUUGAUAGCAAGAGAAUAUAUUCUGUACUUUGAUUUUAUUUCUGUUUCACUGGUUAUGAACCAUACUAUUACACAGGAAUAAAUAGAAAACAUUAACACACAAGUCAGCUUACAAAGGUGGUCAGACCUGCUUUUGAUAGCCAUAACGGUAUUCACAGUAUUUUUUUAAAAUAGACUUGCAUUUUUGUUGGUAACUAAACUAGUCAAAAGGAAAAUGUAAUCUAGACUCUUUUUGUGUGUGUUGAUCCUAAAUGUCAAAUUUUCUGUAUGU